AUGGAGACGGUGCUGCUGGAGCAUUUCCCCGGGGGGCUGGACUCCUUCUCCUCGCCCCCCUACUUCGACGAGGAGGAUUUCUUCACGGACCAGUCCUCCCGCGACCCCCUGGAAGCGGACGAGUUCCUGGAGCAGGACGUGGACUUCCUGAGCCACCAGCUGCAGGAGUAUUACCGGGACGGGGGGCAGGGCGAGGGGGGCUAUUGCUGCGAGGCGGCGGCCGCCGCGGCCAACUUCUCUUCCUCCUCCUCCCCCUCCUCGCCCAGCUUCCCCUACGGGUGCUGCGGGGCGGCCGCCUCUGAGCUGCUGUCCCCCGGGGGCAGGCUCAAGGCGCUGAGCUCCGCCAAGCGGCGCCGGCGGGUGCGCUCCGAGGCCGAGCUGCAGCAGCUGAGGCAGGCGGCCAACGUGCGGGAGCGCCGGAGGAUGCAGUCCAUCAACGACGCCUUCGAGGGGCUGAGGUCCCACAUCCCCACGCUGCCCUACGAGAAGCGGCUCUCCAAGGUGGACACCCUGCGCCUGGCCAUUGGCUACAUCAACUUCCUGAGCGAGCUGGUGCAGUCGGACCUGCCCCUGCGGAGCGCCAGCAGCGAGAGCCCCAGCCAGCCCAAAAAAGUCAUCAUCUGCCACCGGGGCACAAGAUCACCUUCUCCAAGCGACCCUGAUUAUGGACUGCCUCCUCUUGCUGGACACUCUCUGUCAUGGACUGAUGAGAAGCAACUUAAGGAACAAAACAUUAUUAGAACAGCUAAAGUGUGGACCCCUGAAGACCCCAGAAAACUAAACAACAAAUCUUCUCUAAACAACAUAGAAAACGAACCUCCAUUUGAUUUUGCAUCAUGA